GUAUGCGGACGUGAUUCUUUCCAGCUGAUUCAAAGUUUUGUUAUUAAAUCGCCAGAUAAUUGGUUUUACUGUUUCGUCAUUCACAAGAAUAACAAUCAAAAGAUGCAGCUAAACAAAUCCCUUGGUUUCCAUGAAGUCAAAAAACUAAAUUUUUGGAGAGCAGUCUUUGCAGAAUUUCUCGUUUCUGUAAUAUACAUCAUAAUUGCAUGCGGAUGCGGUUUAUCUCUUUCCGGCAACGCACCCAGUCACCUGCACAUAGCGUUAACUGUUGCUUUUACGGUAGCCGUUUUAGCAUCGGCUUUUUGGGACGUGAGUGGUGGUCAUUUUAACCCGGUUGUCACACUCGCUUUGUUGAUAAAGGGAGAUGUAUCUUUAACGAGGUUCUGCUUCUAUGUCUUUGCACAGUGUUUAGGAAGUGUUGCUGGUUGUGGUUUACUCUACUUAUACACCCCAGAGAACUUUCGUGGAACUCUUGGCGCGCUAUCGGUACAUAAGGAUAUAUCGCCAGGAAUAGCCUGUGCAGUGGAGAUCACUUUAACAUUUCAAUUGAUUUGGACUGUCAUGGCUAGUACAGAUCCAAUCAAAAAUUUCACUGGGUUCCAGGCUCCUCUUGCUAUUGGUCUAUCAGUUGGAAUAGGGUUAUUAGUUGGGAUACCUUACACUGGAGCAGCGCUUAACCCAAUUCGUGCGUUCGGUCCUGCUAUUGUCAUGAAUAAGAGACAAGAUCACUGGGUUUACUGGUUGGGACCAUUUGUUGGGUCAGCACUAGCUACAUUGUCGUAUGAAUACGUUUUCAAAUUGACGUUGGAGAAAAUUGAGGAAGUUGAUGAGAAAAGUGAAACGAAAAGAAAUAAUUUUGCGAUGCAAGCAUAAAAUAAAAUUUUAGUUAUUCUAAUUAUAAUAUACUUUAGCGGAGAUGCAGAUUAUUUUUACGUCUCUUUUUAGUUUGAAGUCCAGUCUCCUUUAUAGGAUUUCUGACGGUUAUGCAUUCCCGUCCCUAGAACUCUUUGAGAUAAACCGCGAAAAUACGCUUUUUAAGGUUUAGCUCAAAAAGCUCUGGGGAGGAGAAUGGGCAUUAUGUUCCGGGAACGACAUUGUAAACUUCAAGUUCACAGCAGAAUGUAAAAAUUUAAAAAUAUAAAGAAGAUUUUAUUUCACAGUAGAAUAAUUUUUUUUCUGUGUCAACCUACGCAUUGCAAUAACCAUGAAGUAAUAGAAUUACUCUGUAGAGGUCUAAAAGAAAGCUGCGGCACAACGAUCUAAAAUACACACACAACA